AUGACUUCUCUGGAAAACGAACAUCUAGCACACCUCCAAAUGUUGUUGGGAUCCGGUUCUCGUUCACACCAGGCGUCGGAGUUCAUCCCGCAACUGUACUAUUCGCUUUACCAGCUUAAGAAAGAUCCUAAUAGCACUUCUAAUUCGCUAAAAACGGCCACUUCGAGUAUACGUCACCGUUUGAAACAGUGCAAGGCGUAUAUAGAGCAAAAUGGCGAGUGUCAGGAGUUGCUGGGUCGCUCUUGCAGUGAAUGGGAAAAAACACUUGCGCAGCGAGAAAGAGAGCUGGAAGUAAAGAGACAGUUGCUGAAAGAUUUACAAGAACGUGUUAGCAAACUUAGCCCGGCGUGA